UGACAAGUCCACCAAACUUAUUUCCAGUUUCAGACAGAAGUAGUCAAGUAUCCGAGUGUCUUGCCUUUAUAGAGGCUCUGGAAGUGUCUGAACUUCUGUGUCGUAUAAUGAACGUGAGCCGACCGGCGGUUCACCCGGUGGAUACAAUUCCGGUAUCUCCCCCCGCUAACGAUAGACCGCCAGCGAGGAUGAAAGAUGUUCAGGGCAUGCCCGGAACCACCGGCGGCCUCAUCCUCCGCCUCUCUCAAUUCGUCCCCGCUCUCAUCUCCUUCUCCGUCAUGAUCACCACCUCCGACUACCGCUCCGCCACCGCUUUUUGUUGCUUGGUUCUUGCGGUUAGCUUGCAAAGCCUGUGGAGCUUGUCUCUGUUUAUCAUCGAUGCUUAUGCUCUCCUUGUGAGAAGAAGCCUUCGGAAUCACUUGAUCGUUCAAUGUUUCACAGUUGGAGAUGGAGUCACGUCCACGCUUACUUUCGCAGCUGCUUCCGCGUCUGCUGGAAUAACCGUACUCAUCAACGAUCUUGAUAAAUGUAACGUCAACCACUGCGCUAGGUUCGAGACCGCCGUAGCAAUGGCCUUCAUCAGCUGGUUCGCGGUGUCUCCUUCCUUUAUUCUCAACUUCUGGUCCUUAGCCAGCUUCUAGUUAGCAUAACAAAGAUAAAAAAAUAUUCAGAGGAAUCUAACGUAAUAUCUAUAAUGUAAAUAAAGGGUGGAGUAUAAUAAUCCGUCGAAUUAGCGAAUGCUUUUGAACACAUAUAUUGUUACAGAACGUUCUUGGUCUGAGUUUCUGAGAUAUGACAACUAUUGUUAUACAUCAGAAUGAAAUCUAAACAGUUAUUAGCACAAAA